AUGUAAAACGAAUCAACGUCCGCCCGGGAACUGCUCCCUCUCCUCACUCCCUCUGCGGUCUCCGAGACUGCUCACCGUCACCAUGCCGCUCAAGGUUCCAGAAUGGCUUGACUGGUACAAGAAGCCCGAGUACCGGGACAUCAAAGAAUAUUCGGCACACGUCAAUGCAGGCGAGCGCCCUCAGAGUCCGACUCCGGCUGCCAUUCCAAGCCGCCUGAGGCUCGACCGCAUUCUCGCAAACAAGACAUGCAGUCCGAUGUCCCUUUAUGACUUUUACAUGUACCUCAAGUACAUUGAGUUCUCGGCCGAGAACCUCGAGUUCUACAUCUGGUACAAAAACUACGAAGCAUCCUAUGAAAAGGGUCUCACGCCAGUUCACACGAAGGAAUAUGGGGCUAUUCCCAGCGCAGCAGAGUCGACUUCAUCCAUUGUCAAGGAAAGCCAGGCAGCCAGUUCAUGCAGUACCAAAAAUCCAGAAAACGGCGAUGAUGAAGACGCAGACCCCGAGAAGACGCUUCACCGUAUCUCCCAGCUCAUCGUUGCCAGCGCCAUGUGCAAUUCCCGCUCGUGCUCACCAGCCGCCCUUCAACUCACCCCCGACCAGUCCAAUGGCAAAUCCAUCCAGAUCACCUCCUGCACCUCCGACUCUGCUCCAGCCACCAUGAAGCUCAUGAACUCCGACGGCCAGGUCAGCCGCCACGAACUCGACACCAUCAUUCAUCUCUUUCUUAUGCCCUCCGGAGAGAAGGAGCUCAACAUCCCCGCCGCUCUUCGGGCCCAGACUCUUGCCGACUUGCAGAAGUCGACUCACCCCUCCGCACUCAAACCAGUUGCCGACCAUGUCUACGGCCUCAUGCACAACUGCUCCCACCGCAACUUUGUCCGCCUAGGAGUAGGCAAUGGGACAUUCGAGACAGUCUGCGUGGCAACCAUGCUGGGCAUUGCCAAUCUCAUUGCCGGCUAUGUCGUCGUCAUGUGCCGCGCCUUUGUCCCCUACCGGGGCUCCCACACCCGAUGGGAGGCCUGGGCGGCGUGGCCCAACUGGUGGCUUGGUGUCUCGCUCAUUCUUGCUGGCCUGCGAGGCAGCUGCUUUUUCCUUUUGUUGUUUUCCAAAAGGCAGAGGCUGCCGUGGGAGAGAUUUGAUGACAACACGGACAGCGUUUUGAGGAACGAGGGAGGCUUCUUGAAGUCGGUGUCGAGGUUGAUGAUUUUCGAUAGGAGGCUGCGGGUCAAGGAAAAGUAUCUGAGGAGGCUGCAGAGAAAAAUUGUGUUUCAGAGCUUGGUGGGAGGGGCGAUCUUUGCGACGAUUUGGGUGGCUGUUUUUAUUUUCUUGCCGGUUUGGAAGGAGACGGUUUGAUGAUACCCAUUGCUGUUAUUGUUGUUCUUGUAAUGUUGGUUUAUUUGUGGGGGAUUUUGAGAGUUGGUGAUGACUGAUGAUGCUUUGGUAGAGAGAUGUAUCUGCUCGCUGAGGAAGGGGGGUUGUACACAUACAGAUUAUACAGUGAGGCUUUUUGGAUAUGCUCCAGCUGGGCCGAUCGACAUAAAGCAAACAUAAUUCUCUUUCGUCACUAACAUCUUAUUCAUCUCUGAUAUUGUAUACUUUUG